GCACCUUUGUGGUGAUUAUGGUGGAUGUAGCUCAUCAUGAAUGUGUGAUUACUGUAUGUUCUGUAUUGAGUUCAUUAUGGUUGUCAUGUCCCCGUAGUGCCGAUAGUGGUGCUGUGAGUCUGCCGAACACUGAACUCUAAACCCCCGCAGAUCUGCUAAAUGAGAGCAGAAGAUCACAUAAUAUUAAAAGUCUAUUUUUAAUCGGGUGGACGUCCUCAGCAGGGAAUACCAUCACACACCAUUAGAAAUUCCGAUGAAUGUUCCGUGCAGUUGAUGAUCGUCGAUGGGCGUUUGUGUGCAGUCUGCCUGGAGUGAAACCCCGUAGAGGCUAAACUCACUGCAGCUGAUGUUCUCAGGGACUCGAGUCACGUGAUGUACGAAGGUAAACACAUCCAUUUCUCAGAGGUGGAUAACAAGCCGCUGUGCUCCUACAGCCCGAAGCUCUGUAAGCAGCGUAGAUUGAACGGAUACGCCUUCUGUAUUCGCCAUGUUCUGGAGGACAAAACUGCGCCGUUUAAACAGUGUGAAUAUGUGGCCAAGUACAACAGUCAGAGAUGCACCAACCCCAUACCUAAAGCAGAGGAGCGGAGAUACUGUAACAGCCAUCUACAAGUUCUGGGCUUUAUCCCUAAGAAGGAGCGCAAGAAGAAGCAGGACGCUCUGGAUGAGGUUCGCGGCCGCACCCACGUGGAAUCUGUCGCUCUAAACAUUACUGUACCCUCUCUGGUUCUGAGAGACUCUAACGGUCUGGACGGCCUCCCUCCUUCACCACCCUGCUCCCGUCUCGCCCCUCUGCCUCUCUCAGACGCCGACCUCCUCGACCCCUUCGCCUUUUACGAGGAGGACACAGACGGAGAGGAGAGCGGGGCACAGAGGAGCUACGGCAAAAGAAAACCUUCCGGUAGGCCCGUGAUUGGCCUGAAGGUGACCGCCCAGGACCCAGAGCACCAUCAGGCAGCCUCCGAGCACUUAAGCGCAGUCACUGAACCCUGCACUCUUCCGACUUCCCCGCAUCUACCACAGCCACCUUCACCUCAACCCCCAUCGAGGCUUGUCCAACACCCCCAACUUACAGAUCGGCCGCCCUAUGUUCAACAUGGAGCGGUGCAGACACUGCUAUGCAAGCCAACUCCAGCUCAGACUGAACCUUCGGUGUUGGCCGGCCCGCCUCCGUCAUCGGGUGCUCAGAACCAGCCGCUCAGCCGUAGACCCGCCCCUGUGGCUUCUCCCCGCCCACCUGCCACCCAGGACUGUCCACAGCACCGCUCUGUGGCCAUGCGGCCCACUGCCUUCAUGGCGCCUCCCGUCUGCUUGCUUAGACUCCAGCACCUCGUGCAGCUCUAUGCUCAGAGACAGCGAGAACACAGAGACCUGUUCCCACAUCUUGGUCUAGACUGGUCUGAGGACAGUACAGAUGAUGAAGAUACAGAUGAGAUCGUAUCUUCACCGCCUCACGGCUUGAGGACACAGGAAGGAAGUUCUCAUUUCAGCACUGCAGGUGAGAAACCGCUGUCCCGGCGGGCACGUCUGACACAGCUGUGUACGUACCUACAGGAAAGGUAUAAACACCUGUGUCGACAGGACAGAUCAGCCACCCGUCACAGCAGAUACAGAUACGCCUUCCGCAAAGCUCUGAUUCAUGCGGCCAGCAAAGAUCCCGACUGCACUGCCCAGCUCAUUCAGAGGCUGAACAAGAGCUCCCAGACGUCAACCGGUUCAAGGUCUGCAGUACCACACACAUAUGAAAGGACGGCUUGUAUUGGAAGCACGGAGGGUCAAAGCUGCAGAAACAUAGCUUUGCCAUUUUCACGCCACUGUUUCCAACAUAUCCUACUGAAUCGCUCUCAGCAGCUGUUUUCCAGUUGCACUGCACGCUUCGCCGAUGGCCAGCAGUGCUCCGUUCCUGUGUUUGACAUCACUCAUCAGACGCCUCUUUGUGAUGAACAUGCCAAGAAAAUGGAUAAUUUCCUGCGUGGAGACGGAAACAGACGCAGUCAGCAGCAGCAGCGGCGUCCACGUAAGAAGACCAAACCGCCUGCGCUGACCAAGAAACACAAGAAGAAGAGGAGACGAGGACCGCACAGACCUCAGAAGCCCAUUCCUCCAGCUGUGCCACAGGGCAACCUGGGAAUGCCCUACUCGCUUACACUGCCUACUCAUCAUACUCACAUCAGGAGUCCAUCUACACCUGAGCUCAGUGCAGACGAGCUUCCUGAUGACAUCACUAAUGAAAUGCCUGACAUUCCUCAUGAUCUUGAGCUGAAUCAAGAGGAUUUCUCUGACGUGUUGCCUAGACUAGCUGAUGAUCUUCAAGAUUUUGAUCUCUUUGAGGGUAAGAAUGGAGAGCUGUUGCCUACCACAGAGGAGGCAGAGGAGCUGGUCAGAGCCCUGCAGGCGAUGGGCUCGUAUCCUGACUCACUGGUGUGUUUAUCCUCAAUAGGCGAACUGACCCCCACGGAUGGGGUUGACCACCGCUCCAUGGCCGUGUUCUCUGGAUCAGGAGUUACAGCAACAGGCAUUGGAGACCUUCUGAGCGGCCGCAUGGCCGCAGAGACCUUUCCUAAUUUAGAACUAGAGGGGAAUCUUCUCCAUGCACCAACGGGCCAUCAUUUUCCCACGUCCACCUCUCCUCAGCCCACCCAGAGCAGCACCACAGCACCCCCUACAAGCUCCAGCAGUGGAUUAACAGAACGAACGCUUUCCCGGGCUCCCAAGCCCGAAUCCUCCCCACCAGGUAGUCAUUACAGCGGUGAGCACAUGCCAUCCCCUUACCAAGAUCACAUCUCUCCCCCACACGGUGCCUCUUAUCAGACCGACCCACCUCUCUUGCUAGAGGUGCCUUUAAGCAGUGCUCCAGGGCCUCCACGCACCUCCUGGAAUAAUCUCCCGUUAUCUAUCACAGACCCGGCACAGUUCGGUAACCUCCUCACUGCUGAUACUCACCUCCUGUCAACGUCUCUUUCCACACCACCCUCCACCUCCCACUCUGCAAUCUUGCAGCCUAUUGCCGCACUAUCCGCGUUCUCCCAACCAGGCACGACCGGACUUGCUUCGUCCUCCCCUUCAUCCCGCGACCUGCUCGCCCCCACCCAACCUAAGCUACAGCUCCCGCAGUUUAGUGCUGCCUUUGGCCAUCAACUGGCUUCCCACAGUGGGAUCCCCAAAGACCUGCAGCCCAGCCAUAGCUCUACAGCGCCACCUACAAGCUUUACCAUCACUAGUGCAACCGCUGCCACCUCCCCUUUCCCUCAGAGCAACUGAGUCUGAUAGAAAGAUCGAGCGACAGGCCGUUCCGCCUUAAACCUUUAAAGGAAAAGUUUCCCGUCGUAUUUUAAAUCUGAUGUUUUUGAACGCAACCUCUAAAAGUCUACAGUGGAGUACACAAAAAAUGUUUAGCAGUAUGCACAGAACUUUUAGUUUGCGUUUAAAAGUGUCACAGGUCUGAAGUUUUUUGGCAUUUUUCAUUUUUAGGUAAACCAGGCUUUUAAAGCUCUGCAUUUGACAUCAUAGGCUAAUUUGAGUGCUACUGUGCUCGGCCUGUUUGUUGAUGUUAUUAUUCCACAGUUGUGUCCUGCCCUCACAUACCUCUUUUGCACUGACGUGGUGAUGGUGCUAAACGUUAACUUUAUAGUUACUACAUAAAAUAGCCACGAUCAAACAUCACAAUCUGUCAUCCUGUCUAAACCGGACGCUUUACUAUGCUAACCACAUCGGUGGCUUAUCGACUAGAAACAUUGAUGCUGAAUUCUCAGAGCAUUCAUUAACACAGACAAGCUGUGUUGAGCGAGUUACGGUUAAAUACAUACAGUAGGCACUUAGUGUAAACAUCUUCGUUAAUUAUAAUGGGGUAUUUUUGGUUUUUAAUAAGUUAUUUAAAUACAUAACAUCAAUUUGUAGUAAUUAAUUCACAUAUCAAAAAUAAUAUUAUGGCAAAAAAUCUCUUCAUUUUGAAUAGAUGAGUAAAAUAAGGUGGCUUCACAUUUGGCACUUAAAACUUAAGACAGCACCAAUAACUAUGAUGAGACCUAUUUAUCUAAAUUACACAAGGACAUUAUCUCCCCCAGGUUACUCCUGAGGUUCUGUUUUUAAAAGCCACUGUGGAAACGUGAAAUAAUGCCUGCGAGCACUAUGUUGUGUGGAAAUAGGCUAAUGGUUGUUGUAUAUGACUAGUGAAUCAUAUUCUAUCAGUAAUAAUCCCACAAUUCUCAUUUAAAGUAAUUCGUCAGAGUAGCAGGUUGUUUUAUUGCUUUCUGUUAGGAAGGUGCAUAUGUGUGUGCCGUUUAUACCUGGUAUUUAACAUGCAUCUCGUUUACGUCUCCCGUCACCUGUGACCACUUCUCAUCAGAUAUUGUCUGGGUGGACCGCAAUUGCUGUCUCAGCAUGUUGAAGCACCAACAGUUUUUGAAAAAGCACAAAGCUGAUCCCAUACAUACUGGAAUUUAACCACAGUAAUACUCCCAUAUUACAUUCUUCCCAUGCUCUGUUACUGCAUGUUGAUGUGACACCUACUGAAGAUACCCUGUGAUGUCUUGUUGCAUGUUCAGGUAUGGAUAAUUGUUUUCUUUUUAAAAUCAUACCGAUUUGCAAGGAUCAAACCCUUGUUUCAUUGCAUUGAUUAUGCAUUAUAUAACAGGAUGACUGGGAUGCAUCGGGAUGCAUUAUGAAUAUCAAGUAUAACCAGAAUCAUGGUGACAGUGGAGCUAGAAAGAACCUUAGUAUAGCCAACAAACUCUUUACAGCGCACAUCAUAUGAGCAGGUCUGAGGUUUACUUAUCAGGCCUGUUUUCAGGAGGUCAUUUGCUUAUUUGAUCUUACACAUCCUGUGGUCUCCUCACAUCAGAAAACAAUUGAAGCAAUAAUGUCAUCAGCAGACUCCCACCUUAUUCAUCAGGUGAGGCUCAAUCCCAGUCAUCUCUGCUCUUAAACCAUGACCCGAGUCUACCGAUCUCUUCCUCGAAAACAUUUCAUUUCUGGCUUAGCCGUAACAGUAAACAUCUCCAGAUAGACCUCACCAUGCUUGUAAAACACUGUUCUUAUCUCUUUGCUAAAUGAGCUCCAUUAUCAAUGAAACUCUAAGGUAGUAGUUUUGCCAAAUAUAUGGGUUCAAAUGGUGCUUAAUAAGUAGUAUACAGUGGUUUGGUCCCUCCACAAGCCCUCUGCAUCAGGAUCUUGGCGUACAUUAGAGCUGCCCUGGCAGAUACACUUGAUAUCAAUUGAAAUAACCCUGUGUUGGUUAUGCGGACCUUUGGUGCAGUUUCUUUGGAGAAAGGUUUGUACAGCCUGAUAGAUUAUCUUCAGACUUCCACAGAUACGUCAGGUUUAAUCUCACCGUCAGUCAGCCUUACGUCACAUGGGACCGGCGUUCCCUGCGGAUUUCAGUUUUGAAGUAAGAGUAAAAGUUUCUGGUAGAUUUCAGACACUCGCAUAUAUUGUUUAUAAGUAUUAAAUAUAUUUAUAGAGUAGAUAAUUGGGUUUUAUUGGAGUGGCGAGAAAGCAAAUAUGAAAUUUUAAAAAAGAAAAUGCGCCAUUUGCAAGAUACUUGGUGAAAAUUGAAUCAUUUUGUGGUCAUGUUUGGUAGUUUAAUGGCUAUCAAAAUUCUUGUGAUGAAUCAUUUUUAUUAGUUGAUGUUGUGUAUCUGUGUCAUUUAUUUGGAGGUAAAGAGAUGUGAUCAUGUGCAACAGUAUUUUUGAUAGCUAUUAAAAUGUAACGGACCGUAAUAAUGUAAGACUGUAGUUUGAGCGUAAAACAACGGCCGUGAUUCACCCGACACGUCUCACCUGCUUGUGCCCAACAUGAAAUAAGACUGCAUUUAUGAAACACAACAAUUAUUCAACAAUUCUUGUCACCAAUAAUUUAAAGGUUUUAGGAAUAAUUAAAAUUCAAUGUAUUCAUUCUUAAAUAAAUUGUUGGCAGUUUUUUACUCUUUUUUUUUUAAUUAUUUUUUAUUCAAUGCAACAUUCUGUAAACAAUGGUUUUAAAGGAAUAGUUCACCCAAAAAUUAAAAUUCUGUCACCUCAUGCCAUCCCAAAUUUAUAUGAUUUUUUUUCUUCAUUUUAACACAAACAAUAAUGAAUACUGAAGAUUUUUCUUGUAUUGGUGUGCAACCAUACUUGAAAUAAGGUUUCCGUUUCUUUGAUAAUAUUAUUUGUGUUCAGCCUGUAUACGCACUAAUAAUUUGCACAGAAAUUUGUUUAGGCAUUGUUUCAUGAAUGAGAUCGAUGAUAGUACCAGAAUGAUGGCCAUUUUUUUAAUCAUUGUUUUUAAAGACUAUUGAAUUGAAGCUGUAAUAACAGGCGUUAUUGAUUUUAUUGGUCAUACUCCUCCAACUUCUUACAGUUCUCCUGUGCUGUGCACUACACGUCUAAAUUAUGUUUCAGUCACUUGUGCAAAAUACAUCUCAUACACGUGAACGAGAGAAUUUUCGGUUACUGUCCCUGCCAGUGUUCAUCAGUUGUGGCAAAAGUUUGUUUCUACUGUGUUACUACUGUGUUUAUUGUGCAGGCGUACUGCACAGAAAACCUAAAACCCCACCGCACGGUCGCUUGCACUCUUUGUUCAGAUGGCUGACUGAUUCCUGUACUCACUGAAUGUACUGUAGAACUGUUUUUAAAGCUGAUAAGAUAAUCUAGUCACCUUUUGUUAUUUGUCUUUAAUUUGUCUAAGGUAUUUUUUGUAUACAAAAGUUUACAUUUUUAUGUAUAUUUUUCUUGUGUAAAAAUUAUGUAAUAUGUGUAUAAACAUUGUAUGUAAUAUCUGUAUAUAGAGUGAAAAAUUUCAAUCUUGUUUUUGGAUGUAAGAAUUAAAAUUGUGUGAAUUCG